CGCCGCGCCGCCAUCACCACGAUGCCGCCGGCGGCGCAGACGCUACCGCUGGAGGACGAAAACCUCCUUCGGGAGAUCCUCCUCCGCCUGCCUCCGCUUCCGUCCUCACUCCCCCGUGCCUCUCUCGUCUGCAAGCGUUGGCUUGGCAGCGUCUCCGACCCCAGAUUCUUCCGCAGUUUCCGCGAACAUCACGGGAAGCCUCCCCUCCUCGGCUUCUUCUUCGUCAGCGGUCGUGGAGCCGACUUCGUUCCCUCGCUGGACCCGCCCGACCGCAUCCCGGCCGUGCGCUUCUCACUGCCGCCGCAGAGCCACUCCGGGCAAUGGUGGCUCUUCCUUGACUGCCGCCACGGCCUCUGCCUCUUCAUCGACAGGACGAGGCCCGAGGCCAUUGUGUGUGAUCCGACCACCAACCACCAGCGCCGAAUUGCUCUUCCGAGGGAGUUCAGCGCCAACAAAAACUGGGCCUUCUUCCUAAAUGGCGGUGUGGUGUGCGUUGCCGGUCAUGGUCAUGACCAAGUGCACGGCGAUUGCAGCUUGAGCCCCUUCAAAUUGGUCUUGUUGUACAACGACACACCUGCAUCAAGUGUAUCUGCCUGCCUCUACGAAUCCGAGUCUGGUGUAUGGGGGAAUAUCGCAUCAAGAACACUGCCACGUGCGAUUGCCUUCAUAACGCCCACCAUCCUUGUUGGGAAUUCACUUUGUUGGUUGUCAGAAGGUAACAUCCUUGAAUUUGAUAUUGGAAAUCAGAGCCUUGGUGUGACCGAGAAGCCAGAAAAACACCAAAAUGCCGAGUGGAACCGCUGCCGGGUACUGCGGACACAAGAAAACAGGCUUGGCCUCGCUGUGUUGACAGGACCAUACAUUGAAAUAUGGGCGAGGGAGGUCAAUUCUGAUGGUUUUGCCCGACUGGUGCUGCAAAAAACCGUUGACCUGCACAAGCUACUUCAUUUGGGACUGUCGACACCAUGGAAUUAUCGUCUACAACUGCGGGGGUUUGAUGAGGAGACUGGUGCAAUUUUUCUUUCUUGGAGUAGUAGUGUCGUCAUGGUCAACCUCGAGACGUUGCAGGUCUGGAAUAUUUCUGCAAGACAGCCCAAUAUCAACUCUUUCUCCGCUGACUAUUAUCCCUACAGAAAUUUUUAUACCGCAGCAGUGGAUAACCAUCGUGCCAUCAAGGGUACCCCCGGCGACAGAGGGACAUCUGAAGAUGAUCAAGGCCAAGCUGCAGGUGCUGCAGUUCGCUACAUUCUGAAGGUAUAUUUGUUUGGUUGUGAGGGUUUAACAGGGUCGAUUCUAUUGGACGAUGCUCUGAAAAUCUUGAAACAGUAUAAUCGGGCGAGCAGAGCAGAUUUACAUCAGCUAUCAGUAUGGUGGGAUACAGCUUAUGCCCAAGCUGAAAUUAAGCAUUGGUUACGUCUUAACUGUGGCCGGAUCGCCGAGCUCUCGCAGUGUGGCACGCUGCUCCGCCAGCCCCCGCCUCAAAUUGGGCAAUGGACAUCGUGCUGUCUGCUGCUACCGUCGAGGCUCUGA